UUUUCAGUGUACUACUCUGGUCACGGAGCUUACCUAACGUCACAUUCUACGAGGAAGACACUAGAGCAAAAUUCAGCAGUAGCAUGGACCAUUGCAUGCCUUUGCAUGAUUGUGGGAGGCGGAAUAUUGGCAGCAAUCUUCUCAUGGAACACCGAUGCAGUCAUACCUCUGGCUGUGAUGUCGAAUGUUACCGAAAGCUUGCCAAAACAUGGCGCUGCCUAUCGUCAAUUCUCCGACCUCGAAAUACGUAUGAUGUACGGUGCAUUCGCCGCCGUAACACUCUGCGCUAAUCUCAUUUUCGCUUUGACGCCAUCACGUGAAAUUGAGGGUUGCAUCGAAGGAAAACAUACGAGGGCCAAGAGUACUUUCCGCGAGGAAAUGAAUCUGAUCCGGAAGAUUUUCGUCGACAAGAGGAUGAUCACUUUGUCGCCUCUUUUCAUCCACCUAGGACUUUACACGCCUUUUUGGGUGUCCGUCUAUCCAACGUCAUUGGUAUUCACCAAAUCGCUCUCCGCUCAUGUUUAUCUACCAGCUUUCUACAGCUUGGCUGUUGGAGUGGGAGAGGUUGUCAUGGUAGUAAUAAUCAGCACAAUGUCGAAGGCGAAUUAA